GAAAGUGCUAUAUGAAAUGUGACAUUGUUUCAAUCAUUCAAGCAAAAAGAAUCUGAGUCAUAUCAUAUCAUAUUUUGAAGCUUCUGAGACUUAGAAAUUAAGAUUUUUUUUCUUCCAUCUGAGUUUGUCUCAUUGGUGGGGAACAAGAAAGUGAAAGAAAAUCCAAGAAACUCUUUUUGAGUGUUUGAAUUCUUGAGUUGAGUGCAGUUUCAAUGGCCAAUUUGAAUAAUCAUACCAGAACCACACAAUCACAAGUUCAACAGCAAAAUCUUCACCCCAUUGAGGCACAAGAUUCAAGCUUUGUAAACACAACAACAGUGACAGGAGAAACAGUGAGAAAAGUAUUCAAGAUUCUUUUCUACUUGAAUCUGGUCUUGAUUUCAUUCUUGGUGAUUUUCAUCACCAUCUAUGGUCUUAUCUUAGACUCUUUAACUCACCAUUUCCAUCCUGAGAAAUGGUACCCUCCAGUUCUAGUAUCAACAGUAUGUGCAGGAAUUCUUGGUUUCACAUGGCAAUGGAUCGUUGCGCGCCACCCGAAAAAGGCACUCAAGGCAGCAUUUUGGUUGAGUCCAUUGUUAACAUGUGCAAUGGGAAUUCUUUUUGUGUUAAUUGGUUCUGCAGUAAGUUUGAUAGCUGGUAUAGUUUCAUUGGUUUCUGCAGUGAUUCAAUCUCUCUAUGGUUGUUGGGUCAGUAAGAGGUUUGUAUACGCUGCGGAAAUCUUUUCGGUUUCGAUAGCUUAUCCUCCUGCUAAAACCAAGUUCUUAGCAUGUUCGUUGAUCAUCGUCAGUACUGUUUACUGUUGUUUUCUGGUGGCUGGAAUCGGAGGGGCAAGAGCUAUCGAAAAAAGAACCAAACUAGCUGACGUUUUCAUCUUCGUAAUCAUCCUGAGCUUAGGAUGGACUAUGCAUGUUAUGAAGAAUGCAAUGCAAGUCACAGUUUCAAGGGUCAAGUAUAUGCAUUUUUCUGGAGGAGGUGACAUAGACACCAGGGUAGCAUUUCGUGACACGGUCAAGCACUUAAUUGGAAGUGUUUGCGUAGGCUCUAUCCUCGUUCCGAUCAUCGGACUCUUCAGAGGCUUUGCGCGAUCAACAAGUCUGAUUGGAGGAGAAACAAAUGAAUGCAUGUUUUCUUGUGUUAGUUGUUCGAUGGGAAUUGCGUCGCUUCUUGUGACAAAGGGGAAUAGAUGGGGUUUUGUUCAUGUUGGAGUUUAUAACAAAGGUUUUGUGCAAGCAUCUUCUGAUACUUGGGAAAUGUUCAUUAGGGUUGGACUAGAGGAAUUGAUCAACUUUGAUCUCACUGGUGCAUUCUGUUUUCUUAGUGGUGUUUCAGUAGGUGCAAUUUGUAGUCUUGCGAGUGGAAUUUGGUGUCUAGUAGAGUACAAGGAUUAUGCUAUGGAAGUAUCCACUUAUGCUUUCAUCAUUGGCUAUUUCAUGUGUAGGUUGGCUAUUGCAUGGCCACAAGCAUGUGUUUCAGCUUAUUAUGUGGCCUAUGCAGAGAAUCCACAAAGCACUCAAUUUGACUCCACUAUUCCAGUACGUUUGGAGCAGCUUCACAGAUCUCAAGCUUUACAAGAUCUUACUGAGUUAAGAACAAUUAGAUGAGCUUAAACACUGAAAUGGUAAAGCAAGAAGGAUAUAGAAUUCCCUAGAUAAUAGGAUAGGAUACUGAUUACUUGAUUUAGUUUUGAUGUAGUCUUCAAAUAUGAAAAAUUCUUUGAUUUUACUGGUACUUUACUCAUGUGCAUGAAUACAGAAGAUAAGUGAUUUUUUGACAUCAAAAUUUUGAUGUCCAA